AUGACUAAAAAUCUGUCCAGGGAUAUAAUAGAAAGUGACAAGCAUAUUUUCGCUGGUGAUUCUCUUUCGAGCUUGAAAGUUGCUGCUAGUGGUGUACCGCAGGCUGGAGUGCUCUCACCUGUUCUGUUCAAUAUCUGUACUGCCGAUCUCCAUCAGUGCACACAAAGUCUUGAUGUGGUUAAUGACUCCGUUUCUGACGCGGCUCUUGAGCAAGCUAUAGACUUCAAUGCCGAGGAUCGUAAUGUGAAGAAAAAGACAGACAAGGAUUUGGCCCAAGUUGAGGGAUUGGCGAAAGGAACGAAAAUCGGAAUUCUCGCCUUGCGGCCUCAUGUCGCGACCUCGUCUCUUCGCACGGUAACUCUUUGUUCGAUGAAGAAGGAACCAUCGCCGCUGGACAUGGGAAAUCACCAACCGGCACGCACACGUGUUCCGAGCUCGAAUCACAAUUAA